UCGUGACAGUUUCACUCAUUAAUUAAGUGUAGUUGCUUUUGAAUCGAUAUAAGUAGAUUCAGAAUGGCCUUAUUACUCUGAGAAUACAAGUGCAAUAUCAUUGUUCAGUUGGAACAAAAUCUAGAGUAAAUGUAGACGUACGAUGUCGUGAGUUGUGACUUAAGUGAUUCUUGUUACUUGAAUGAUAAUAUUGACACUUUCAGAUGACUGUUAAUUUACUAUGGCGGCAACCAUGACGGAAACGAAGCAACACACAGAUUUUAGCAAAUUGAGUAAAACUCGGGAGUCUGACUGGCCUGCAGUACUUUUCUUCAUACAUAUUCACUUUCUGUCAAUAUACGCCGUAUGGCUCGUUUUCACAGAAGCCAAAUUACUUACUAUAUUAUUCCUUCUCGUCCUUACAUUAUUUGCCACACUAGGAGCCACUGUUGGAGCACAUAGACUAUGGGCACACAACACAUAUAAAGCAAGCUCUGAACUCAGAAUAUUCCUUAUGCUGUGUCAAACUUUAGUUGGACAGGGUUCAAUAUACAACUGGGUCCAGUAUCACAGGUUACAUCACGCUCAAUUCAAAACUGAUGGAGAUCCCUACAAUGCAAAACAUGGAUUUAUUUACGCACAUUUCCUUACAAGGCUGCGUAAACUAAGCGACUAUCAACUAGCUCUCAAGGACACUGUAGAUAUGUCAGACCUAGAGAAGGACUCGAUUGUCAUGUUUCAAAAAAGGUUUUACUGGAUACUAUACGGUUUAUUAUUUAUGCUCCUUCCAUUAAACGCCCCUCUCGAAUAUUGGAAUGACAGUGUAUUAAGCGCGAUAUUUCUCAUUGGCUUUUUGCGGUACUGCCUCGUGUUACAUGCAUCUUGGCUCAUCGAGAGCGGAGUAGUACUAUGGGGAUUGAAAGAAGGCGAAAAGUUCCCCCCAGACAGCAAUCUUGUGUUUGUCUUAAAUAGAACAUUUUGGCCACACUACCACUACAUCUACCCAAACGACUAUAAAUCUGGAGAAUAUGGCACAUACGAUUCGGGCUGCUCAACUGCGUUUAUAAAAGUAUUCGCAGCACUUGGCCUUGCAACGAAAUUAACAACACUCGAACCUCGCACUCUGCAAAUCGCUAUGGCGGAGAGCACCAAAACCAACAAGCCUAUUAGCGACUGCAUAGAGGAAGCUUUAAAAAACCAAAUACUAAGCGAUGAACACUUUUUAAUACAGUAAUGUAAUCUAUUUUAAAAGUUCAGUACAACAUGUUUUUAUAAUACAUAUUUAUUAACUAUAAUAGUUUUAUUACUUUGUAAUUAAAUGUAGUUAUUUUAA